GAUAAUGAUAAGUCCUUGGGUAAAAAUUAUGGUCCACCACAGAACUCUCAAGUUGCUAAUUAUAGAAUGGCUUUAACAAAGUUCCCACUUUCACUGCAUCCAAAAAAAUGGACUAAGGAAGAAAGGGAAAAUCUUCAGAAGGGGAUAAGACAACAAUUUCAAGAAAAGGUGCUUCGAGGUUCAGUAGAUUGGUUCAGGUAUAUUCUUUCAUAAAGUUAUCAUUUGUUAUAUGCAACUCAUAUUCCAAAUAUAGUCAGUUGAACCCUACAAGCGUAUUUGUUGGCCUGAAUAUCCUGUAUGUGCACCUUGUGCAUCAGUUUGUUAGAGGGCCAUUACAACAGUGCUAAAUGUUCUUUUGGAAUUUAUAAAACAAAGUCAGAUGC